AUGACCGAUGUCGUUUCUUUCUACAAGAAAUUACCAAGUGGUCCAGCUCCAGCUUUCAAGAAGCCUACUUCUCCUCUCGGUAAGUACAAGGCUGCUUACUUCGAAGGUGACAACGCUUCCGGUAAGCCAUUACUCCACUUGGCUCUUAUUGUCGGUAUCUUGGGCUACACUUGGGAAUACCAAUCUCACUUAAAGCACCACAAAGGUCACUAA